AUGGAAGUGGUAAACAUCAUGAACGAUUCAACAUUGAUCGAAACAGAAGUAUGGUUUCUUCCCUUCGAUAUUAUUGGCAUCAUAUCGACUUCAUUAUCUAUUAUACUCGGUCUUUUAUAUUUAUUUAUUGUUAUAAAAUAUAAAACAUAUUCAACAGUACAAAUGCUUCUAGUAUGCAAUUCAUCUGUAGCUGUAAUCCUUUUAAGCUGUAUAUUACUUAAUAUGGCAAUAUUCACAUUACAACAUGAUUUACAGAAGAGCAGUGAAAAUAAUACUUCAUUCUGUAUCAUUUUAGGUUUCUUAUCAUUUAUAACAGAUGGUCUUCAAAACUAUUCAUAUUUGCUAACAGCUGUCUAUCAAUAUAUAUCUGUAGUCUAUCCAAAUAAAGUUAUAUGGCGAUCAAUUAAAACUCAAUUUUGUCUAAUAAGUGUAAUUUGGAUUGUCUGUAUUAUCGAUAUGGUUCCACUGUUCGUCACUGGACAGAUUACUUACAAUAUUGACAAUCAAGUUUGUCAAGUACCCCUUCGUUUAUCUGUAUCAGUAGUCUAUGGAGCAGCAAUUAUCUAUGCUAUUCCAAAUUUUGGUAUCACUGUUGUUUAUAUUAAAUUGACUCGAUAUGUUCAACAAAUCAGUCUUCGUACUAUAUCAAAUAAUACUAUAUUUCAUGCUCGACGAGAAUUAAGACUUGUGCAACGUACUUUCGUUCUUUGUAAUACUCUUAUUGUCCUUGGCUUACCAUAUAUGAUAUUUGUUUUA